AUGCCCGGCGUCCUCACCCAAACCCUCGCCGUCAGCGACGGUCCCCUCACCUCCGAAAACGCUGCCCUCCUUCGCCCCUCCGACCCCAACCUCCCCCUCGACGAGCUCCGCGCCCGCUUCGACGCCGACGGCUAUCUCUUUCUCAAAGGAGUCCUUCCCCGCGAAGACGUCCUCGAAGCCCGUCGCCAAUACUUCUCCUACCUCUCCCCCACAGGUGUCCUGAAGACAGACAGCGACCCUGUCCACGGCAUCUUCAACCCCGACAAGACCCCCGACGACUUCCCCGGCAUCGGGGCUGGUGCGGCCGGUGGUAAUGGCCGGCCGGGCGGAGAGAGUGCCGCGCAGUUCGUCGAUCGCGCCAUCGAGGCUCACUACAAGGACUGGUAUGCCGAGAAGCUGGUCCAGCAUCCGGCGCUGUAUGCCUUUAUUGCCAAGUUCACGGGGUGGGGGGACAAUACGUUGACGUUCAAGCGGACGCUAUUGCGGAAUAAUAUCCCCCAGACGAAGCCUAUUGGUGUCCAUUAUGAUCAGAUCUUUAUUAGACAUGGGGAGCCCACGGCUGUGACGGCUUGGGUGCCUAUUGGGGAUAUUAAGCUGAGUGGUGGGGGUUUGAUCUAUUUGGAGGAUAGUGAUGUCGUGGGCCAGAAGAUUGAGAAUGAAUUCACGGCCAAGGCUCUGGCAGCGGGCAUGACGGAGGAAGAGGCUAAAUAUGCCUUCAACUCGAAUAUGAUGUCCACGGGCAUGCUGUCGGAGAAUCCCGCCGAAUUCGCCAAGGAGAAUGGCCGGCGUUGGUUGGUUGCGGAAUACGAGGCGGGGGAUGUGGUGCUGCAUAAGCCUCACAUGAUCCACGCGUCGACGGUGAACAAUGACCCGGAUAGAGUGAUCCGUUUGGCGACGGAUUUGCGGUUUGCAGACUCGUCCCGGCCUUAUGAUAAGAGAUGGAUGAACUUUUACCGAUUCAAUGACGGUGUUUAA